ACUAACAGGCAAGACCUGUUUCGCAGUGCGGCUGGAGAGCCCCAUCGUUUGAUGGGGACAACACAAGGGACAUGCCAGGGACUCUCCCUGGGGACCCCGACACAGAAGCCACGUCUGUCUGCUAUAAAGGAGCUGUAAAGCCCACACACGACACAUCUGCAGUCCCAGCAGCCCCGCCGGCCGUGCCACUGCCCGCCGGCUCCGCCUGAGCAGCCGCGGGCCGGCCUGAGGUACCCCGCUCCGCCCGCUGCCGAGGGUCGGCUCGGCCCACGGAGCCUCACCGCCGCCGCGGCGGCAGCAGGCCCAGCCGGCCGGGGAGGGGAGCGGGAAAGCGAAGCCGCCACACCGCGCUCCCCGCUCCACCCGAGCCCGCCCCACACAGUUCCCCCGGCCGCCCCCCAUCCUGCCCCCCACCACCGGGGUAGGCGCGGCCCCUCAGCGCCCGCGGCCCCGCCGCCGCGCCUGCGCGCCUCUGUCCGCCCCGACGGCCCCCGCCCUCACGGCCGGCCCCGACCGUCGCCGCGUCGUGGUGCCGGGCGGCGGCGAUGGCGGCGGCGGGGGGCGCCGAGGCGGGGGACGCUGUGUCCGCGCUGCGGCCGCGGCUGGUGGCGCUGGGCCGGCGGCUGGGCGCGCCCGGUGGAGCGGGCGGCGAGGAUACCUUCCUGGCAAAGGGCUCUGCUGCUCUGGAUGAAUUGAAGGACCUCUGUAAAGAAGGGAAUGAACUUCCUUCCACGCUUUUGCAGCUCUAUGCGCAGGCUGUCUUAGACAUUACAUAUUUUGAGGAAAACCAGCUUGUGGAUGAAGAUUUUCCAGAAGAAUCUUCCUUGCAGAAAGUUGAAGAACUUAUUUGCAUUCUUUCAGAACCAGAAGACCUAGUGAGGGAGUGCAACAUAAAGGAAGAAGCCAUCAACAUCCUUGGUGCAGAGUUGUUAGAAUGCCUUUACUGGAGAAAAGGAGCCCUGCUUUACAUGUAUUGUCAUACAGCAAAAGAAAGGAGUGAAUGGCUACGAGAGAACAUUGCUAUAUUUAAAAAGUGUCUUAGUGAUGGAGUUCGUUACUUGAUGAAGAUGCUUAGCUUGAGAUGCCCUCUUCCACUAAAUGAAGAUGUCUCAUUUCAAGAUAAAGACACAGCUAGAUUACUCAGUGAAGGUGUAUUUAGUGACACUCACUUACUGGCGAUGAUGUACAGUGGAGAAAUGUGCUACUGGGGACUACAACACUGUGGAGAAGGGAAGCAGGAAAGCCUUGAAACAAUAGAUUCCGUCUCUAACAGUGACCUGGGCUGCAGUUUACAGAGUGUGUCGCUGGAUUUCCGAGAAACCGGCAAAAACUUGUUAACAAAGUAUGUGGCCGUAUGUGAGGGACCUUUAAAAGGCCAAGGGUGGAACACAACAACUGCAAAACAAAUCUUGUGUUACUUUGUGAAAUCCCACAACUGAAAUAUG